AUGGCCAGAGACAGACUCGCAGCGCUGAGGGCUCAGCAACAGACCCACACCGACUCCUACCCCAUGCAGACUCAGCCAAGGCUACCGUAUGGCGGAGCUGCAAGCACGGACAGCUUCGACUCGGCGGCGAAGGACAGCACGACUGCUCUGGGCGCAACAGACAGCAUGUCUGCGUUCUAUGCUGAGAUCUCCUCCAUCCAAGAUGACCUGCGGACGUUCAAUGAUAACGUCAAGCGCAUCAGCGACCUCCACUCGCGCUCGCUUGACAACACAGACGACGCUGCUGCGCAGCGCGUCGCUCAGCAGCUCGAUGAGCUCGUCCAGGAUACCAGCGCACUCAGCGCGACGCUUAAGCGGCGGAUCAAAGCGCUUGAGCGAUCACCUGGUGCAGGACGGGACGGUCAGAUCCGCAGGCAACAGACAGGCUUGGUGAAGCAGAAGUUCGUGGAGGCGAUCCAGAGCUACCAGAGCGUAGAGCAGCAGUUCCGGUCGAGGUACAAGCAGCGACUGGAACGCCAAUUCAAGAUCGUCAAGCCUGAUGCAUCACCAGAGGAGGUCCGGGCUGUUGUCAACGAUGACCAGGGCGGCCAGAUCUUCAGUCAAGCUCUCAUGAGCUCGAACCGGUAUGGCCAAGCACAAUCCGCGUACCGUGAAGUACAGGAACGGCACGAGGACAUCCGGCGUAUCGAGAGAACUCUGACUGAGCUCGCUCAAUUGUUCAACGACAUGAGCGUCCUCGUUGAGCAACAAGAAGAGCAGAUCAACGUCAUUGAGACAACAGCAGCAGCCGUUGAGAAGGACACGGAGCUAGGAUUGAACUACACGGAGAAAGCUGUCGUGUCUGCGCGUGCAGCACGCAAGAAGCGAUGGAUCUGCUUUGGGCUCCUCCUUAUCAUCCUCAUCAUCAUCGCCAUCAUCGUCGUUAUUGAGGUCCUCAAGAACCAAAAGAAGUAG